GUGCCGAGUAGGCCCCCCCGGCCCUGAUCUGACAGCAGCCGUCGCCGUCACUCCACUGUACCGUGAUACGCUUCACCCCGCAUUGAGCAAAUCACCCAGCAGUGGCAUGUCCAUCUGUCCUGCUGGACGCAGACGCCGGUAGCCGCUCACCCUCGGACCUGCCGCGCUUUUGGACGGCUGCUUCUUAACUAGCGCAGUGCUACCGUCCGAAAGCGCAUCCUACCCCAUCGGCGAAUCCCACCUCCCCUACGAAGCGCACCAAUUCGCGUUGCGUGCCUUCAACUGCACCUCGCCUGGACAGCCAGCACUCGCAACCAUGGCAGCUGUCGUCGCAAGGGCGCCGCCCAUGCCCGGCCGCUCGUCGACGCCCCCGCCGCAUCUCACGCUCAACACGUCCUCCCGCGGAACGCCUGCUGCGGUCCCAAACAAGCACAUUCCGGUGUGCUCGCCAGGCCCUGUGCCCGCCCGCGGAUUAGAAACCCCUCCCGCGUCGCCGCCGUCCAAGGAUAGCGCCCUCGAGACGUCGUCUAUCACGUAUCCGCCCACUGCAUACUGCGAAGAGUACCUGAAUGAUCCGCCGCUGUUCACCAUCACAGCGCAGAGGCUAUCACAGGCUUUGGAGCACAUGGCGACGCAGCCAUUGCCCAACCCGGAGCAAGUCUUCCCAUGGCUGCACGGACUGCACGCCGAUAACCAGAUUCAGCUCGCCUUCUUCACGAAUCGGCGGAAGAGCGUCCGGAAGGUGCCACGAUGCAUCCGCAGCAUUACGGUGGUCAAGACGGGCGGAGACUUGUCGUCGUCGAAGCUGAAGGGCGCCAUUGCGCCCGAGGAGCUGCUACCGCCGUCUUCUGACGAGCAUGACUUUCUCGAGUGCGAUCCCAAGGAUGGAUUCUCAGUCCGUAACUUCCAGAUCCAGGCUUGCAAGCUGGCUAUGGUGUCGGACAUCAUAGUCUACGGUGACGAGAAGACUAGCCCGAGCGAGACUAUCGCCCUCGCAAAGCGCAUCUCUAAAGCACAGAGGCAGUACGAACUGAGCCAUGGAUUUCCGCGCUGCCUGUUCAACACCUUUAUGCUAUCUGAUUCAUUCAACUAUGUCCAAGCGCACUACCCCGAGCUAAUCGCAGUAGACACGACGGGAGCCAUGACGGGCAAGGUUGUCGAUUUCUUCUACUGGGAGCGAUAUGAGAUGUGCGCCAUGUCGAAGGCUUCGGAGAUUAGCGCCAAUGUAUUUCUGGGACCCACACCAGAUCCGGUCUUGGACUCUGGGUGCUUGAGCGAGCAGGCUUUUGACGUCCUCGUCGAAGCGAGCGAUCUCGCCCAUGUGCCGGAUUCAGUAUCGCUACGAAAGCUUCGCAACGCUCUGGAGAAGGCGGAUCGCAAGGGCCCUCUUCACAUGGAGUUCCCGUCGUCAGGGAGCAUUAUGCCGCCUUCGUGGUCGCACGCCGAAGUGGAUGGCCUCAUGGACAUGUGCAAGUGGAUGUACGAAUUGGCGAACCCGCACGAGGUCACGCGAAGCAAGCGGAAGAAGGGCGAGGAUGACGAAGCCAUCGAGUUGGAUGACAUGGUUCAGCCGCGCAAGCUUCUUAUCCACUGCACGGACGGCUACACUGAGACAUCCUUGCUCGGUCUUGCAUACUUCAUGUACGCUGAGGGCCUCCCAGCGCACGAUGCGUGGGUGCAGCUGCAUCGCGACAAGGGUCGCAACUUCUUUGCCUAUCCAACAGACGUGGCUCUUUUGACCCAAAUCCAGCCGCGCAUUCUGCAAGAGUCUCCGCAAUUUGACGGCAGCGUGUUUCACAUCAACGAACCACAGUGGCUGACGCGUAUCGACGGGAGCUUGCCCAGCCGAAUUCUCCCUUACAUGUACCUUGGGAACCUGGGUCACGCAAACAACCCGGAGCUGCUUCGCGAGUUGGGUAUCACGCGAAUCCUAAGUGUUGGAGAGACACUGAGCUGGUCGGAAGAUGUAAAGCAGCAGCUGAAUUGGCCUACGGAGCUUCUGAUGAUGGUCGACCGCGUCCAGGAUAAUGGCGUAGACCCUCUUUGGGACGAGUUUGGCCGAUGUCUGCAGUUUAUAGAAGCCGGGAAGCGAGACGGAGGAGCCACGCUUGUGCAUUGCCGAGUCGGCGUCUCCCGGUCAGCAACCAUCUGCAUUGCGGAGGUCAUGAAUGAGCUGGGCCUCUCAUUCCCGCGUGCGUACUGCUUUGUCCGUGCGAGGCGGCUCAACGUCAUCAUCCAGCCUCACCUUCGAUUCACGUACGAACUCCUCAAGUGGGAAGAGUACCAGCGUCAGCGACGCAACGAGCCUCUUCGCCGCGAGCUCGAGUGGGCCACCAUCGCGCGCGAGAUUGCGCUCAUGAACAAGCCCUACUCGGCAAGAUAAACGCCCACCUAUCCUCCACACAUGAUAUUUACAGGAACACGAUUUACGACAGUAUGACUCGGUAAUAUAACGACCCGGAACCAGAUCUAUCAGCCAGG